UCCAGUUAAGUGAUUUAAAUUUAUUAUAUUAAAAUGACGUAUUUAGUAUCAAUAUUAUUUUAUCUCCUUAAAAAUCGUUGACAAUAAUACCAAUUUAUUGUUGAGUAUUAAAAAUGUUAACGACUGUAUCGGUGCCGGCUUUUGAGCUGAAUUCAUCUUUUUACACUACGGCGUUUGGUAGCAGCAGUACGUUAGAAGGAUUUUCAGUUUCAGUAAUUGAACCAGAUAACAGCACUGCUGCGUCAACGCCUUAUAUGUUACCCGAAUAUAUAAGAGCAACAUCGAUGGUAGUUUGUAUAACUGUAAUGGUGCUUGGAAUCAUUGGAAAUUUAAUGGUUCCACUGGUCGUAUUUCGUGGGAAGGACAUGAGGAAUAGUACAAAUAUCUUUCUAGUGAAUUUGAGUGCAGCUGAUUUGUGUGUUUUGUUAAUUUGUGCCCCGACUGUUCUUGUUGAAGUUAAUUCCGGACCUCAAGUGUGGCCGUUGGGAGAACAUAUGUGUAAGGCAGUGCCUUUUGUAGAACUGACAGUAGCUCACGCAUCAGUACUUACAAUACUUGCAAUUAGUUUCGAGCGUUAUUACGCUAUUUGUGAACCGUUGCGUGCAGGAUACAUUUGUACAAAAGCUCGAGCUACAUUUCUCUGCUUUCUGGCGUGGGUUUUUGCAGCCGUCUGUACUAGUCCGAUAAUAACAAUGACAGUAUACUCAAUGGAAAAAGACGAUGACGGAAGUGAACUACCAGCCUGUUCAACAUCUGUAAAGUCAAUAUGGCCAAUGAUAUUUUUCUUAACAACAAUAAUAAUAUUUUUUAUAAUUCCAUUAGUGAUACUGGUAGUGCUGUACACAGUGAUCGCGAGACAUUUAAUGAAGAACCCAGCGAUAACGCGAGGCCCAGCUAAUAAUUUGCUAAAGUACCGGAAGCAAGUGGUACUGAUGCUGGGAACAGUUGUAAUUAGUUUUUUCAUUUGCUUAUUGCCCUUUCGUGCGUUUACACUCUGGGUAAUAGUGUCGCCGCUGACAGCAAUAAUAAAUCUCGGCGUCGAUGGGUACUUUAUAUUACUGUACAUAAGCCGCGUAAUGCUCUACCUUAAUUCAGCGAUAAAUCCACUUCUGUAUAAUUUGAUGUCGACGAAAUUUCGCGAGGGAUUUCUACGAUUGUGCGGACUGUCGCGCAAACAGAGCAAAGACAUUCCAACAUCUGGACGCACUGGCACAACCACCAGCAGUAAUCACUCGGAUUUCUGGCGCAGACAGAGCAACUCUAGUAAAAGCUGCAGUGUUAAGGUCUCCAAUGCCAGCACUGAUAAUAAUAAGCCUUUUAAUUUAACAAUUAUUACCAAUCCUAAUAAUGCGAACAAGAAUGAUAAAGUUAGUUUUGUUUAAAUAAGAUAAUAUUAUUUCCAGUUGCGUGAAAUUAGUGGAUUAAAAUAAUAACUAGAAGGGGUUAUAGACUGAUAAAAAACUAUCGAUUCAAGAAAAAUAUUCUUACUCCAAGAAAAUUAUUUUGAAGAGAACUAGUUGUCUUACUUCAAGAAAUUCUUGUCUUGAAUUCAUAUUUCUCGCACGGAAAAAGGUAAACUGUAAUAAAUAACAGCCGAUUUAUAAUAAGUAAUGGUCAACUGCUAAAAAUUACCAUUUC